GUUGUACAUACAAGUAGGCUGAUAUUUGCAGUCGUUAUUACCACAUGGGGAGGUUCUCUUUGGCUGGGAAGCCGUAAGAAGUGACAAGCGUGGGAGGGAGUCUUAACCUUUUGUUGUUGACUGAAGACUUACUCUCUGAUUCUGUCCCUUUCUUUCUCAGUGGCUUUCAGACGCACGUCGUGAGAAAGACAUUCAGUGAACAUCCGUGCUGGUAGUGGUGAACCUUUUCUGAGCAUCUGGGGAAGAAGAGGCUGGACUACCCUUACUACCCAGGCCUUCGCCAAUAUCCACCCCAGACACCUACAAACAAGGGCGCUGUCUAUUACGUAAACCAACAAGAUGUCAACGUUGUACAGCGAGGACGAAACAUACGAUCCGAGUGAACUGAGUAGCGGCUCCACAUGGAGUGCAACCAUUCCGGGGCACCUGACAGACACAGUGGACGGGAGAGAGUACACCCUCCUCCGCAAACUGGGCUCCGGGCGUUACGGCAAGGUGUAUUACGCCAAUGCACCAAGAGAAAGAGUACGCCAUCAAGGCCAUGCGUCUCCAGGACGUGAAGCAAAACAAACUCAUGGAGGUAGACAUCCACAAGCACCUCAAACACCCCAACAUCGUGGAGCUCAUCAGAGACAUCGAGGACAGCAGCAACCUGUACCUGGUGCUGGAGUUCUGUCCCAACAAGUCUCUGGAACACUUGCUGAAGGACAAGAAGAAGCUGAAAGAGAAGGAGGUGAGGCCGAUCUUCCGCGGGAUAGUCGCCGCCGUGGACUACAUCCACUCCCGCGGAAUCGUCCACUGCGACCUGAAGCCGUACAAUGUGGUGAUGGGGAAGGACAUGGAGGCGAAGCUCACGGACUUCGGCGCGUCUGUUAGGAUCUGCACGGCCGCGUCGAACAAGAUGAAAUGCGGGACCCCGAGUUACAUGGCACCGGAGACUCUGACGGCCAAGGGUACACAGGUAGCGACCUUCCCGGGGGACAUCUGGGCGCUAGGCUGUAUCCUGUAUAGAAUGGUGACGGGGAAUCUGGCAUUCACGUACCACAAACUGAGAAGGAAGCAUGCUGGAGGCAUGUACCUCCGUCUGGGCUGGCUGAACUUCACCCUGCCGUGCUGGCUGUCCUCCUCGGCUCGGGGUGUCGUCAGAAACUGUCUGCACAUCGACCCCACGAAGCGCCCCCAAGCGGAGCAACUCAUGCAGUACGAGUUCGUGAAGAAGGGUCAGAUCCGCCCGGCAGCGUCCGUGGAUGCCCUGGACACGAGAUGUCUGGCGUCCUGUUCCAACGACACGACCUGCACUAGUAGGUAGUGCGCUUUGUGGACGGUUUCAUACCAGAUUAGUUUGCUAUUGCUUUUGCAGGAACAUGUGGAGACACUGGUGUCACCUCCCAGAGGAUGAACUAAACUGAACUGAACUUGCUUUUGCUGCGUUUUACGGACAGAAGUAUACAUGUGUACUUGGGUACAAUGUACAGACCCUCUUGUCAACCGAAUAGACAUGAGUAAGACAAAGUUUAUAACGUAAUAUAUAGCUCUAAAGAAGAAAAUACAUGUAUAUGGUAGUGCCAAUCAAACAUGAAAACUGCCAUGCUUCAGCGCUGGACGCUAUUGUUGGAACCCAACAGUGUAUAAAUUUUAAUGCAUCAAUAGUAGUCAUAGAUAUAGAAUAUGUACAGAAUUAAUAUAUUUGCGCUAACUCUUCUUUGUUACAACUCGAGACAAAAAGUAUUUUGAUGCGUCUGGCCAGAAAAAAAGUACUGAUAUCAUUGAUGUUGUGACAUGAUUUCCAAUUCAAGUGUUCAAUGAUAAUUCAAUUGUAGCACACGAUCUGCUCCCGUAUUAAAUCAAUCUUGCAUGUAGCUAUUAAGAUAGACAACUGUUGCAAAGAGUAAGGGACGUAAGAUGUAUAUUGUUUA